CUACAAUCACAUUACAACAACGGUAAUUGUAAGAGUAAUAUCCAAGCUGUUGAAGAUGUUGAAGUUAACGUACGUUUUGGGAGUACUUCUCGUGUUAUUUAUUGUGGAUUCUUCAUGUCAGCGGAAUCUGCCCACAUAUAGACCUCCUCGACAACGACCAGUCAUUAUUAGGACUGUGAGAGAAGCGGACGAGCCUCUUUGGUUGUAUAAAGGAGACAACAUAGAACGAGCACCUACCACUGCUGACCACCCGAUUCUACCUUCAAUAAUUGACGAUGUUAAAUUAGAUCCGAAUAGAAGAUACGCGCGCAGCUUAGAUUCUCCAAGCGCCAAACGUGGUGGAGGAAGUCAUAGCACUUCAAGUGGCAGUCACGACGCGGGAGCAACGCACCCUGGAUAUAAUCGCAGAAACGCUAGAGAAAUCAGAUUGCCUGAGCCUUUUAGGUUUCCAUCACCCACUGUACCAAAGCCAAUAGAUAUUGACCCAAUACUACCGCAUCCAUGGUCUCCGCGGCAGACUUACCCCAUUUAUGCAAGAAGCACAAGGGAUAUUCAAAUUCCUGGCAUUAAGAAGCCAACUCAUCGUGAUAUUAUUAUCCCCAAUUGGAACCCAAAUGUUCGUACACAACCGUGGCAAAGAUUUGGCGGGAACAAAUCAUAAUACCAUUGAAAUAGUUGUUAACUAAGGCAGUUUGAACAAGACGUUGAGUAGAACUGGUAAACGACGAAAAUAAUAUGAAAAUAACUGCGUGUUUAUUUAGUUUUUAUGAUUAUUAUGUGCUGAGCUGAAUUUGAUGAAAUUUGGCAGGAGAAUACCUUAAAUAUAUAUAUAUAUAUAUA